AAAGAAAAAAGAUAGACUCUUCUAAGGAAACACAGAGAAAACCAAAAAUAUUGUUCAAAGUUCUUCUCCGUUACAAAACCAAGAGUAAGGGCUUCAGAUCAUUAGAUCAUCCAGAAUUUAAUUUCAGUGUUUAAACAAUCAUGGCUAAACGUACAUCUUCCGCAUUUUGCUUCCAUAAAAUUCAUUAAUUCUUCUAGUUUGUUUGUCGCCUUACCCUUACACAAAAAAAAAAAAAAAAAAAUUCACCACACGAUGGAUCGUUUGUUGCUGUUCCUACGGCAAUCCAUUUGCAGCUGUUUUGGUUUUAGCUGCAGGGAGUCCUCGGUACAGCACCGCACGAUGUUGGAGGAUUCAAUAGUGAGUCCGAGUCUCCUCAUCCUCCUCUACUUCUUAGCUUUUCCAAUUUCUGUUUUUUUAAAAAAGAUUUUUAAGGUUCCGUUAAUUUCUUUACUCUUAUCUUUUACUUCUAACGAGUUUUUGUGUCUCCUGAAAGAAUUCAUAGGACUUUGGAGGCUGACGGAAGGUUGGAGAGGCAGAUUGUGCUGAUAGCAGCUUGGUUUUCGGAUUAUUCGCUUCCUUGUAGAAAAUUUUCAUUUUUUUUAUUUUCGCUGUUGAAAAUUAAGAUUAUUCGCUUGGGAUUACGGUUUACAACGUUAUCCGAGUUUUUUUUUAUUUAUUCCAGCAGCAUGUUCUGAGGUUUUCCUGAGUAAUCUUUUGUUAUUUUCUUUUUUCUCUAUUUAGUUGAAAGAGUGAUUUGACAAAACUUCGAUCUUUUUGGUUCUUGCCCUCCAUUUAUAUCCCUUGUGUGACCGCCUUUAUUUACUCCGGUUCGAACCGCCUGUCUCUGCGGUCGCCGCCGACCCAGUUCAUCUCGCGAACCCGAAGGUCUUGGUCUAUUCUCCCCGACCCUGAACCCUAAACCCUCAUACCCUAAUAAGCUAUCGAAAACCCCUGCGGACUCGAUCGCCCCCGUUCGGUCAUCCGGAGGAGGAGGAGGAGGAGGAGGAGAGGGAUAUGGAGGACUCGCAGGCGAAGCGCGUUCCUCACUUGCCUUGGAUGCGAAACCCAGUCGAUAUCAAUCUUUAUGAAGAAUGCCCCUUCGGUCUCCUACCAUGUCUUGAUCCCAGAUUGGAGGAGGCUUUGCAGAAAAUCGGUAUUCAGUCACUUUUUCCAGUGCAAGUAGCAGUGUGGCAAGAAACAAUUGGACCUGGUGCUUUUGAGAGAGACAUUUGUGUCAAUUCCCCGACAGGGAGCGGCAAGACUCUGGCUUAUGCUUUACCUAUUGUGCAGAUGCUCUCAACUCGGAAGAUAAGAUGUUUGCGAGCAUUAGUUGUUUUGCCUACUCGUGAUUUGGCCGUGCAGGUUAAAGAAGUUUUUGCAACUAUUGCCUCUGCAGUAGGUCUGCGUGUAGGCUUAGCAGUUGGUCAAUCAUCACUUGCAGAUGAAAUUUCAGAGCUCAUUAGGAGACCUAAGCUAGAGAUGUGCUCAUCAUUUGAUCCAGAUGACAUACAAAUGGAGCCACAAACUUCAGUGGACAUAUUGGUGGCAACUCCAGGAAGGCUGAUGGAUCAUAUUAACACGACAAAGGGUUUUAGUCUGGAACAUCUUUGUUAUCUGGUAGUUGAUGAGACAGAUCGAUUGUUAAGAGAGGCAUAUCAGUCCUGGUUGCCGACUGUGAUUCAGCUUACUUGUUCAAAUGAUCAGGCAUUAUUUGACCAUGCAAGACUUGGGCCCUCGAUUUCUGGUUCCUUGGCAACCAUAAGGAGAUCUGGUGUUGAAAGGGGGUUUAAAGGUAAAAGUUACCCAAGGCUUGUUAAAAUGAUUCUCUCUGCUACACUGACUCAAGAUCCUAGCAAGCUUUCUCAACUUGACUUGCAUCAUCCUUUGUUGUUGACAAGUGGGGAGAGGCGAUACAAACUUCCAGAAAAACUGGAAUGUUACAAGCUGAUUUGUAUAUCAAAACUGAAGCCAUUGUAUCUAGUUGCUCUUCUACAAGAUUUGAGAGGGGAAAAGUGUAUAGUAUUUACAUCGUCUGUAGAAUCAACUCACAGACUAUGCACUUUAUUAAAUUUCUUUGGAGACUUGCCAUGCAAAAUUAGUGAAUAUUCACGUCGGCAGCAUCAGUCUUUGCGAAGCAAAACAUUGAAGACCUUUAGGAAGGGGAAAAUAGAAGUGCUUGUUGCUACAGAUGCAAUGACUCGAGGAAUGGAUGUUGAAGGAAUAAGAAAUGUUAUCAAUUAUGAUAUGCCUGCUUAUGUUAAGACUUACAUUCAUCGAGCAGGCCGCACUGCAAGAGCAGGUCAGACUGGGCGUUGCUUUACUUUACUGCGAAAAGAUGAGACUAAACGUUUCAGUAAGAUGCUUCAGAAGAUUAACAAUAAUUCAUGUAAUCUUCACUCUUUGCCUGCUGAUUCAAUAGAAGAGCUUCGCCCUAUUUAUUCUUCUGCAUUGAAAAAGUUGAAAGGAUGUGUGGAGUCAGAAACAGCAAGGAAAUCCGGUAUCAGUGCUAAGUCUGUAAAGUCUAGUGAUAGAAAGAAAGGCAAAGACAGAAUGAAAGAAUAGAUGCAUUAUUUUAAUGGAGAUCCUUAUUAUGACAGCUACCGGUACUCACAAUCUUUCAAUGCUAACUCUUACCUGAAACAUCAGCUUCUCCUAUUAAGUUCCUGAAAUCAGAGUUAUAUAUCGCCCCAAACCAGCACAUUCGGAAAGGAUUUGAUUGCCCUUUUUUAGGAAACUGGAGCUGAAGCAUUUGAUGUCAUCGGAUUCAAAUUUUGAAUUGAACAAUCAAUGAAAGGAAGUAGAACUGGAUCAUCUAUAACUUUCUUCAUUGGUGCAUUUCUCUGCUCUGUACUAUUACAUUUUUUUUUUGGUGCGGGGUAAGCUCAUUCUGAAUUGUA